UAAUCGCUCACAGCGCCACCCUGUAUGUGUGUGUAUAGCCUCCUGUAUUUAAUGUGUUAAACGGUCACUAUACAGGAUGAACUGCGUUGGUAUUUUUUUUAACACCGUACUAGGUAUAUUAAUAUGGGGGAUAGGGGUAAUAGAAGAGGGAGCCUUUGUUCAGCAGUGGACGUCUUAUGGCUGAGAUGAUGAUGAUGAUGAAGUAUAUUUGAUGACUUUUGGUUCAUAAAAUAUUACGGUUAAUACCUACUUAAUUUGGCAGUAGAGUUUUGAUUGCCAUUAUUGGUUAUUUGUUUGGGCCUGUACUUCUACUGACUUACGCUAGACUGGGCCGCGGCCGGGCCGGAGCUUUCGGCGCUUCGUUUUCUAUGGAAAGCACCACGUGAUCACCGGUCAGACAUCAUAAAAAAUUACAUGUCGGAUGCCUCGGCCCGGGCACGGCCAGGUCUAGCGUGAUUCAUCCUUAACUGGUUCUUAAUUUAAGACUCUCAAGCCAAUGCGAAUGUAGGUACAGAUGUAUAUUGACAUCAGGAUGAUGUCAUUCUGACGCACUACACUGCUUUACAAUAAUUACAAUGGUUUGCAAAGGAGGUUUCAAAUAUAUGUUAAUUUGUACUAAUUUUCAUUCCUAGCGUGUCCUAGCGUGGAGGCCUCGUUCAAAAAGACCAGAUCACAGACCUCCAACAAGAUGGGAGGAUGACCUGCAGGCCCACUCUGGAGGAGAGAAGCAGCAAAUAGGGCUGCUUGGAGGAGUUGGAGGAGAUUUGGAGACUUUGGAGAGGCGUAUUUAUUUAUUAUUUAUUUAUUUAAUCUUUAUUGCACAAAAGAAAAAUCUUAUAGUACAAAAGGCGGACUUAAUGCCAUAAGGCAUUCUCUACCAGUCAACCUUAGCAAAGCAGAGAGAUUGUGAGCGGUGCUAUAAUUAGUACAACAGCAAAAACGAACAAUAAAUUACGUAUAACAUAUUAAUUACCUAUACAAAUAUACUAUACACAUAUACUAUAAUAUAUAUAUAUACACACACACACACAUAUAUAUAUAUAUAUAUAUAUAUAUAAAUAUAUAAAUAAAUAACGACGUGUCGGCGUAUGCCCAACAGUGGGCGCAUACUCGCUGAGCAAGAAGAAGAAGAAUUUUCAUUCCACUGAUGUCUGUUUGUUUCUUCGUAAGUUGUUUCCGCCACAUUAAAUUUCAUUCUCUAAUGCAAAAAAAAAAUCACCACAUAGGUACAUUCUUCUGGUUAACCGUCGAAACUAUAAAUUUCCCUGCACAAUUACAUACAGACCGACAUCUGGAAUUUUCCUAAGGCGAGGGGACGUCACUAGGGGAUGAAAUUGUAGGCAUUAUUGUUUAUGAUUGCUAUAAUGAUAAAUGAAUGCAUGUUAUUGCAUUCUGUAAGAAUAAACACGGCGAGUUUAAAUUUAAUAAAUAUUGGGUUAAGAAUUUCUUUGUGAUAUUAAAAUCCAGAACGCGUUGCUGACUGAAACUGGUUUAAAUAAUGAUAACGAUCAAUAAUAUUAAAUCAUAUAGAUUAACGAAGAAUAUACUGUAAUAAAUUGCAUAUCAUACAUACACACCAUAUGUGUUUAUAUUUGUUAUUGACACAAAACAAAAUUAAAUGCCCUUGCCCGAGUCGGAAAACCCAUGAAAAUGGCAUUGGAAUUUUAAUUGUUAUUUAAAGGAGAUACUCUUACAAUUGACUCAAUUUACAUAUUUCGUACGUCAUAUAUUAUAUACGGAUAUUGUUUAAACAUAAUUAAUUAUAUUAUUAUGCGUGCUAUAAAUAGGUUGUUUUUGGUAAACGUUUUUUUUUUCAUUUGUACGAUGUUACGCAUAGGCAAAACACGCAUACUAGUAUAAUAAUAAAGUAAAGACACUGAUAUCACUUUCCUACUUUUUAUUGUAAUAGUAUAUCUAUCUGUAUAUGUUUACAUACAAGCACAUACGAUGUCUAAGGAUAAUAUAAACCUGGAUCGGAUACUAGUAGAAGAAGUGGGUUGGGGAAAGUUUCAGAUCAAAGUGUUGGUGCUGUGUACUAUUGUGGCAUCGAUGGCGGGACUGCAGAUGUAUUCCUACUUGUUCACACUAACGAAGUCCAGAACAAGUGAUUCCAGAUGUUUAAUUCCCGAAUGCGAGGAUACCACUGCCCCAGACGUAUUCUCUCCGCCUUGGAUCCUGGAAGCGGUGCCAAGAUCAGGCGACUCCUUCGAUAAUUGCCAUCGUUUUCCACCAAUACGAGUAAACACGUCAGUUUCUGUAUCGUGCGUGGAAACCUUGUUUGACAAGAACGCUUCGGUACAAUGCCAGGAGUAUGUUUAUGAGCAGAAAAAUUCGGCUUAUUUCGAGUUCAAUCUAGCAUGCGACGAUUUACGACCAUAUCUAGUCGGGUCAGCCAGAAUUUUAGGCUUGAUGAUUUCUUUGCCUAUAAAAGGGUUUGUGGCUGACCGUUGGGGCCGGCGGCUGGCACUUGCCCUGACUGCCUUCAACCUGGCCUGGACUGGGACAUUGACAUGUGUUGCCGACUCCUAUACCAGCUACACUUUGUUAUCUUUUGUAGAAUAUCUUCUAGGAUCGUGUUCUUUUACGUGUGCUUAUAUUUUAGCUAUGGAAUACGCGCGAUCUAAAUAUCGAGUAGUAACUGGUGUCACCAUAAGUACUUGUGCCGCUGUGGGAGAAAUUAUUUUAGGUCUGAUAGCCUGGACAGAGCCUUAUUGGAGACAUUUGAUUCUUAUGAUCUACGUACCUCAACUAUUAUUUAUAAUUUACUUUUGGAUUGCGCCAGAAUCUAUUCGUUGGUUGAUGAGCAAAGGUCGCUAUGAUGAAUCUUUGGUCAUUUUAAAAAAAGCUGCUGAAAUGAACGGGAGUUCUAUAUCAGAAAAUACUAUGAAAUUAUUCUCGGAGACUAAAAAAGACAUUCUUGAAAAGAAAGAGAAACAUUCUUCAGAACCUUGGCUAGUGUGUUUAGUUUUCAAACAUAAGCCGAUAUUACUGCGUUGUUUAGUAACACCAAUGUGGUGGAUUACGGCUAGUUUAAUGCAUUAUGGCUUAACGAUUUCUGCUGUGGGGAUAUCUGGCAACAAAUAUCUGAACUUUAUAGCUGCAGUUGCUAUCCAGAUUCCAGGUGACUGGCUGUCUGUGUUGCUAAUGGAUAGAAUUGGUAGAAAAGCAUUAGUAAUGGCAGGAUUUUGGAUAAGUGGAGCUUGUCAGUUUGCGUUCAUAUUUACAUCCAGUAGAAAUUACUGGCUGUCUUUAUCAGUUUACCUGAUCGGCAAGAUGUGCAUCUCGUGCGUCGCGACAUCACUCUAUGUGUACACCGCCGAGAUGUAUCCAACGCGGUAUCGGGUCAGCUUUCUCGCUUACUCCUCCCUGAUGGGAAAAGUUGGAAGCAUCGUGGCGCCGCUUAUGCCUGGCUUAGGUGCCCAUACGUGGGAACAUCUCCCAUUCCUGAUUUUCGGUGUGAUGGCACUGGUUUCCGGGCUGCUGGUGCUGCUGGCUCCGGAGACCCUGGGCGCCACUCUGCCCGACACCAUGGAACAGGCAUCCCAGCUCGGGAAGGAUUCAUCCGUCCUGCGGUGCUUGAGGACGCUUGUGUUUAGAAGUAAAGUUUAUUCGAUAAGUUGAGUCAGUGUUUUAUUAUCAGGUGUACGAUUUUGUCCCGGUUGCCGUCGAGACGGCGGGGCCUUGGUGUGCCGAGGCCAAAGCCUUUAUUAAUUAUUAAGGAUAUAGGGCGACGCUUAAGGGAUAGGGGCUGCGACCCUCGCUCUGGUUCUUUCCUUAUCCAACAAAUAUCACUGGCCAUUCAGCGGGGUAAUGCCGCCAGUAUUUUUGGCACAUUUGAUCCGGGAGACAAUCAGAGUGGGGGGCAAUAUUUUAUUUGUUAAGUUCGU